UUCUCCUCAUUUUUAUUUUCCUUAUAUUAUUUCUCACUGCGGCUCUUGGGCUAGUUUUAUUAUUUUUGUCCCUAUUUUACAGCCAAGGAAAUGGAGAUUCUGUGUGUAAAACGUGUCCUUGUACUUUGUCCAAGGACGCUGGACGGUAGGUGGCAGAGCCGGAAUUUGCUUCAGAGUUCUUUUGCUCAGAGUAAAUAUUUGGCCUGUGGGUGAGUGGCUUUUUAGCCAGGCAUGGUUUUGUCGCCCCAGGAACAGCCAACGAUAACUGGAGAUGUUUGAGGUUGUCACACCUAGAAAGUGUUACUAGCAUGUAAUGGAACGAGCCAAGGAUACUGCUAAACAUCUGCACUGCACAGGACAGUCUCCUGUGACCCAGAAUUGUCCAGUCCCAGAUGCCAUUAAUGCUGAGGUUGUGAGUCUCAGGGGCCAGCAGGCCUUUAUGGGACAUUUGAUCUAUGCUGUACCGUGUCUAAUCCAUGCUUCUACUUGAGGAGCAGGGGCUACUAUUGGUCCUGAAUUAAUUAAAGGUGGAGCUGAUAAACUUAGAGAAGGCAAGUCACAUGGCCAAGUUCAUGAUGAUGAGUGGCAGAGCUAGAAGUCCGGUGAGCCAGCCAUGCUCCAGAGCCUGGCUCUUAACCGUGACAUGAGUCCUGCCUGUGUGGAUGCUGCACCAUGAUGCUGGGUAUGACUGGCGUGAGCCUUGGAGUCAGAUCUGGGUUUAGUUCCAUCACUCCUUUGGUGUACAUUUCUCUGUACAGUGGGCUCCUAGCUCAGGGCUGUUGGGAGGUGUUACAGUGUAAGGCAGAUGUCAUUCCUUAGACAUCCAGGGUAUGUGGCUCUGGGAUGAACCCUGUGGCUCAACCAGCCUGCCAGACAACAGGGUCACAGCUGCCUUCAUGCAGAUGGCAGAGAGUACUCCUUGAGGGACAGGUUGACCUACAGGGUGAAUAAUCAUACUCAUUAUUUAGUACGUAUUCCUGAACUGGGUGACCUCGGGUCCUAGCAAAAAGUCCUCCCUGCCCCAAGCAGCUUACUCUCUGCAACCCAGGCUUAUAAAUCAGGUCAGCCAGAUGCUUGGACCUCACUCUCAUUGGCUCAGAGUCCCUCUCCAGUGUACAAGGGUCUUUCCAUGGCAGAACAGGUUUCUGUGGGACUUUUGAGGCUUGGCACUGGCCUUCCUUGUUGGCUUCCAAGCCCAUCAGACCUUGAAUUGACGGGUGGGUGGAGGGGAUGCUGCAGCCUAGAUUUGAGCCCUGCAGAAGUGGGGUGAAUUCAGGUUCUUCCACUUACUAGCUGGUGUUUCAGCAAGCUCCCUGUACUUUCUCAUCUGCAGGAAGGGGUGAUGACACCAGCCCUGUCGGAUUGGUCAUCCUAUAAAAUUUCUGAGUGCCCACCAGAAUGCUGGGCCUGGAAUAUAUGGUGUCUUGCCUUCUUGGAGCUUAAACUCUAGUGAAGGAAGAUGGAACAGCAAUAUGCUGUUGGAGAAGCUUGGAGGAGACUGAGGUACAGCAGUACCCAGGGCUGCCCCCAGGGAGGGGCAGGGCCAGGGCCAGGAUUUGAGUCCAUCUGUUUCCAGGAGGAGUCACAAUUGCCCUUUCUUCAGCACAGCACCUCACAGGGACCUCGAUUGACCUGUCCUACCCGUGGCCAGAAGAGACAGGUGCUGCCACCCCCAACCCAGAAGGCCCCAUGGAGGUCCCUGUGCCCCAGCACCUGCCAGUGAAGCAGGAGGGCGGGGUGGCCGAGGCCCUGACCCUGGACUCCCCGUGGCAUCGCUUCCGCCACUUCCACCUGGGCGAUGCGCCAGGGCCACGAGAGGCACUGGGGCUGCUCCGUGCCCUGUGCCGGGACUGGCUGCAGCCGGAGGUGCACACUAAGGAGCAGAUGCUGGAGCUGCUGGUGCUAGAGCAGUUCCUGAGUGCCCUCCCCGCGGACACCCAGGCCUGGGUGUGCAGUCGAAGGCCCCAGAGCGGGGAGGAGGCCGUGGCCCUGCUGGAGGAGCUCUGGGGACCAGCCAUCUCCCCAAAUCAUUCAACAGCAGUGAGGGUAUCUCAGGACACGGCAGAAGGCUCCGGGGUCAGUGUCGGAAAGGAAGAUAGAGGGAUGGUGCCUUUAGCAGGAGAUGCAGUGCCUGGGACUGAGGUGCCGCCAGCAGCAGGGGACACCCGGGUCGUGCGCCCCUACAAGCAGGAGCCGGGCAGCCCACCGCCAGCACCUCCAGCACCCGGCCUACCUGUCUUCUUGGCAGCGCCAGGCGCCGCGUCCUGCCCGGAGUGCGGCAAGACGCCCCUGAAGCCGGCCCAUCUGCAGCGCCACCGGCAGAGCCACUCCAGUGAGAAGCCGCACGCCUGUCCCGAGUGCGGCAAGGCCUUCCGGCGCAAGGAGCACCUGCGGCGACAUCGCGGCACGCACCCUGGCGGCCCGGGCCCGGCCCUGCGCCCACUGCCCGCGCGAGAGAAGCCACACGCAUGCUGCGAGUGCGGCAAGACCUUCUACUGGCGUGAGCACCUCGUGCGCCACCGCAAGACGCACUCGGGCGCGCGUCCCUUUGCCUGCUGGGAGUGCGGCAAGGGCUUCGGGCGCCGGGAGCACGUAUUGCGCCACCAGCGCAUCCACGGCCGAGCAGCAGCUAGCGCACAGGGGACCGCCACGCCGGUCCCUGAGGGCGGUGGCUCAUUCCCACCCUGGCCCCUUGGGUAGCUAGCUCACCGCCCUCACACUGCCCACGGCCCGCCUUUCCUUUCCCACUCUUCCUUUCCAGAUGCCACUUUCCAGUUGAGCCUCACUGUUGCCUCCUUUCCUCCCUUGGCGAGCCCUCAGCCUCUCCUACCCCUGAGUAAGGGGCCUCGCUUCUUCUCUCGUAGCCCUCCUCUGUUUCCUCCUUCCUCCCCCCUGCCACCCUUUCCCUGCGGCAAGCAGAGUCAGGACCCCAGUCGCUAGAGAAGAGCCUGGGCAAGGAGUAGUGGCGGGGCUCCUGGGGUUAAGGAGACCCUGAGGAAAGGGCUGGGUCUUGUCCCCAGGCCAGAUGGAGGCAGGAAAGGGAGGGGCGAAGGUUCUGACCAGCUAGACCCAGCAGCCAGGUGGGGCACCUUGGUCUGGUGCACCUCUCUGCGACCCAGGAACACAAGUGAAUGGGUGCCUGCUCCUGGAAGGUGGUCAGAGACCACAGUUCACCAGCAUCGGAGACUAUUAAUAAAGUCACUGACUCAGCGUGUG